AACUAUGAGUCCACUUCCUGUUUAGAUGAGGUGUAGGAUGGGAAACCGGAAGCAGCAGCAGUAGAAUCAGCUGAUGAGCGGAAACCAACUUUGUUGUCAACGUCACGAAGAAAUGGAGGUGACGGAGGAGGGGCGUCGGCAGGUGGAGGAGCAGGUGGAGCAGCUGCUGGCUGGUCAGGGGUCAGAGGUCAGCGGCUGUGACGUUGGUCUGGACCAGAGCAAACCUGCGACUCUGAGGAAGAACGUCACCUACAUCGUCUGCGGGGUCAUCUUCAACGACAAGGAGGAGGUGCUGAUGGUGCAGGAGGCGAAGCAGGACUGUUACAAACUGUGGUACCUUCCUGCAGGGAGGGUGGAGGUGGGGGAGAGUCUGGGGGAGGCACUGAGGAGGGAGGUGAGACAACACACACACACACGUGCGCACGCACACACACACACACGCACGCACACUUGUGUUGAAGCUGUUUGUCUGCAGGUGAAGGAGGAGGCGGGGUUUGAUUGUGAGCCAAUCACGUUGCUGCUGAUCCAGGAGCAGGGACCUCAGUGGAUCCGCUUCAUCUUCCUCGCCAGAGUCACAGGUGGAAACAUCAAGAGUCUGCCAGCAGCAGAUCAGGAGUCUCUUCAGGCGUCCUGGUGGGACAGACAGUCCGUCCUCCCUCUGAGAGGACGAGACAUCCUCCGUCUCAUCGACUGCGGACUCAAGUACCGUCAGGAUCCCUGGCAUCCUGUCACGUUACCGGUGGACCUGAGCUGCCGUCACGUGCUGCAGAGACUCGUCCUCGUCUUCACCAACUCUGACGAGCAGAUCUGGAUCCUGCUCCUCAAAGCCCCAGGGCUCCACCUCCCGACAGCAGCGGCGGUGAAGACCCAUGCCGUGACCUGGGCGGCCAACAUGGUGGUGCAGGAGGCCAUGCCGUCUGCGUACCAUGACCACGACGUCAACACGCUGGGCGUCUUCAGCCUGCAGCACAACGGCCGGCAGCAUGGGAAGACGGACGGCGUUUGCUUCAACACGCUGGUGGCACUGGUGCCCGACCGCGUCCAACGCAACGAGGACGGAGAGAAGGUGGCGUUCAUUCCGGCCGGGCAACCUCCACCUGUAGAAAACCCUCGAUACGUGUGGUUGGAAGUCAGGAAACCAACGCUGAGAGAGAAACUGCUGGAAAAGACCAAAAACACCUCCAUCCUACCUCUGCACAGCCUGUACUGACCACAGGGGGGCAGCAGUGUCAUGUCUGCCCUCUCCUGUGAGUUAACGAGAAGACUCUUAUUGUGAAAAGACCUCUUACUGUUGGCUUUCAGAAAACUUUUAUUCUGAAAGAAAAUAAGGUGUAAUUUUAUUGAGUAGUUGAAUUGUAAAGAAAUUAAAGGUUCAGUGUGACAGAUUCAGGUUAAAGGAUCUACUGUUAGAAACUGAAUAUAAAAGAAUCCUUGUGUGUUUCCUCUAAA